AUGGAUGUAGCACUUAACGCCGCGCUAUGCCAACUCGGAUUUCAACCUCAGGAUAUCCUAGACCGCUUGGAAUUGGGACAUUUGCCGAUGUGGACAAAUGCGUUACAGUGGAAGUUCAAUGGCGAAGGGCAUCGCUUUGGCCUCGAGCAGUUCAAUCAGUUGACAAGUGACUUUGACGCAAUCUUGCAUACUCCCUGCUGUCUCUACACCGAAAAAGCAAUGGCCACAUAUCCAGAAACCCAUGUCAUCCUGAAUACUCGCGACGUGGAUGGGUGGCACUAG